CACCGACCGACGCCUCUCCGACGAGCAACUCAACCCCCCACCGCGCACGCGAGAGCCGGAUCCCCACGAUGGCGACGAUCCAGCACCAGGCGAAACCGGCGGUGGCGGCGGCGCCGAGCACGACUACUGGCGGUGGGCAGCGCGCGAUGGACCUCUACGAGAAGCUGGAGAAGGUCGGAGAGGGGACCUACGGGAAGGUGUACAGGGCGCGGGAGAAGGCGACGGGGCGGAUCGUGGCGCUGAAGAAGACGCGGCUCCCCGAGGACGACGAGGGCGUGCCCCCCACCGCGAUGCGGGAGGUCUCCUUGCUGCGGAUGCUGUCGCAGGACCCGCACGUGGUGCGCCUGCUGGACCUCAAGCAGGGCGUGAAUAAGGAGGGGCAGACCAUCCUCUACCUGGUCUUCGAGUACAUGGACACCGACCUCAAGAAGUUCAUCCGGGGACACCGCAGCAACAACGAGAAGAUCCCCGCGGCCACCGUCAAGAUCCUGAUGUACCAGCUCUGCAAGGGCGUGGCCUUCGUCCACGGCCGCGGGGUGCUGCACCGGGACCUCAAGCCGCACAACCUCCUCAUGGACCGCAAGACCAUGGCGCUCAAGAUCGCCGACCUCGGCCUCAGCCGCGCCAUCACCGUCCCGGUGAAGAAGUACACCCACGAGAUACUUACCCUGUGGUACAGGGCCCCCGAGAUUCUGCUUGGAGCCACGCACUACUCCACCCCGGUUGACAUAUGGUCCGUUGGCUGCAUUUUCGCCGAGCUGGUCACUAACCAGCCACUUUUCCCUGGCGACUCGGAGCUGCAGCAGCUGCUCCACAUCUUCAAGUUGCUUGGCACCCCAAACGAACAGGUGUGGCCAGGCGUCGGCAAGCUGCCCAACUGGCACGAGUACCCCCAGUGGAAGCCGACGAAGCUGUCUGCUCUUGUGCCCGGCCUCGACGCUGAUGGCUACGAUCUUCUUGAGAAAUUGCUGGAAUACGAGCCGGCGAAGCGGAUCCCCGCGAAGAAGGCCCUGGAGCACCCCUACUUCAAAGAUGUGAGGAAGGGAGAUGCGCACUGACUGAAGCGAUCCACCAAGGGCCCGCCCUCACGAGUUGACAUAUAUAUACGUGUGUGUCGUCGUGUCGAGCAUGAUUGCCCUGAAGCAAUUCUUUUGCUACCAGGGCACAGCCUACUUUCUGUUCUCUAGUUGAUGUUCGUGUCGUGUGUGCUGUGAACCGUUCGCUUUGGCUGGUGAUGGAUGGAAAUGUUAUGUUUCUAGGAUUACUGAUGAAACUUUGAUGUCUACCUGGUCAUUCAUUCGUUAUACCAGCAAGAAUCCUAGAGCCGGUGGGGGCAUUUGGGUAUGGGCAACAGGCAGGCAAGGUUCGUCACUCUCUCGACAGGGCAAAGAGUGCAUCAGCGUUCUAUAGACAAGCCUUCUUGCUGCAUUGAGAUCUUUUUUUUCCCUGAGAACAAUUUGUGACAGGAUGUAAAUUACAAGAGUGACAGGAUGUCGUACCGAUGCCGGGCAAGAGAUGGAGACCGUUAUCGAUGAAACCACACACACACAUACACCCAGAAAUCACUUUUAGUUCAAAUAAUCCCUGUUUCGUACGACUUACUCAGCGCAAAUGUUAAACUUGUGACUGUACAUUUUUAUGACGAUGUAUGUAUUACCAUUUUAUAGUACAAUCAAAGUGUACGAUAAAAUCAAUUAGAUGUGAAGUUAGC